AGCCGCUUAGCAUCUGUGCGUGACUGGGUCCGUUAAAUUUAUAGUGUAGUCUAGUGUGGCCAAUUCUGGACAAAUCUGUUCAAGUGUCGCGCAGUUCAAAUCUCGACUUCUAAACACAGGCGAAGCACCGUUAAUAGACGGAAAGUAAAAGCGCGUAUCAGCUACAAGCGAGUCACACAAUCUCUCACACACACGCAUACAUCCACAUUGACACACACACACACAGUUGCAACAUGGCCGAUACCAUCAACAAGCCGAGCAUACAAAUUCGCAGCGGUCUGCCAUCGCCCCUCAGCGACAAGAGCCCCUCGCCGGCAACGAAGCUGUUGAUCAGCCACGGCAAGCCCAACUUCACUAUCGCCCGUUCACCUAAGCUGGAAGACAAUGAUGGCCAUCAUCCGUUGUCGCCGCAACCGAAUGCCAACAACAACUACAAUCCCUAUAAGUGCGCUGGCUACAACAACAACAGCAGCAACAGCAACAAAUUUGUGGUCGGCACCAAGUUCAAUGGCGUCUUUAAGCCCUCAACAGCAGCCGCCAGCUGGGCGAACAGCAAUGGCAAUGCCAAUGGCUCUGCGGAUCAGAAUGAAGCCGCCAAGGUGGUGCUGCGACGUCCAAAGUUGGCUGAUGUUGAGUCAACACCAGCUCCAGCAGACGACGAUGAGAAUUUGCCGGAGUUUAUACGUCGGCAGCGACGUAUUCAGGAGCGUUUGGCCAAGGAGAAUGUGCUGGACUUUGAGAAUCGGCGCAGCGGCUACUUCACCCACGUCAUGAUCUCGCCGGAUUCACCCAAUCGUACCUCUUUUGUAGAGACUAUGGCUAGUCCGGCUAUAGUACCUUCACUGGAAAUGCCUCUGCCGGCCAAGAUUGAGGAGGAGAAGCAGCUGGAACAACGGGAACUGCAACAGGAGCAAGCCGUUCCCACUGCGAAUGGACACAGUGCAGAGCCGGCGGUGCUUACCAAUGGUCACAAUGGCGGAGUAGAGGAGGAGAAGGACAAGGUGGAGGUCAAGGGGCAGGAGCAGGAGCAACCUCUUAGCAAUGGGCAUGCGCAUGACGAUGUGGCACCCGAGGAGGUCGCCAAGGCCAUUGAGGAGGUCAACAAGGCUGUGGCCGGCGAGGAUGACGACGGCAAAGCGGAAUCGGAGCAAGUGGAGGCAGCAGCAGCUGCAAUUGUUGAACCCACAGUCGUUGAAGUGGCGCCUUCUGCUGUAGAGGUACAGGUAGAGGUGGUUACUCCAGCAGCGCACGCAGAAAAUGGCGUUGCCCAUGAGGAAGCAAGCAUCACCAUUUCGCAUACGAAUGGACAUGCCAGCGAGCAGCCCACCAUUGCCACGCCCGAUCCAAGCGGUGCGCUCGGCGUCAACUAUGAGCCCAAGACGGUGGUCAGCUUUGCACAAGAGCUGGGCAGCGGCGAGAAUAACUAUCCCGAUACGGUGCAGGUGACCAAGGAGGUGCCUGCCUCAGCUGCUGAUGCGGAGCUGCAGGAGUUGACCAAACUAACUAUACAAAACGAUGAGAAGAACGAGGUGCAGGUGACGCCUGUUCUGCGUGCUGAGUAGGCAGCCGAUCCUCCGCCUCUCACCCAACACCCAAAUCCCUUAGUGGGCUCUUAGUGCAAUUUGUUAUUAAUCAAAAGAAAAGAUAAACAAAACGAAAAACUUAACGUAUUUGUGUAUUUUGUGUUAGAGUCUAAGUUCAUUAUGAGAAAUGUUGCCAAAUUUAAUUUUAUGCUUUUGCGCAUCAGUCAGUAUCCGUGU